AUGGCCGUGGUUCCUGCUCAAUCUCCGGGUUUCGGAUAUCCGAGACCCGACGGUUCUGUUCGAGCGGUACAACACCGAGGAGAUACGCGGCAUCGAGCGGAAUGUCCGCGGAGAGAUCGAGCACAAGAAGGAGGAACUUCGUCAGAUGGCGGGCGAGCGGUACCGCGAUUUGAUCGACGCCGCCGACACCAUCGGAGAGAUGCGUCAGUGUUCGAGAGCGUAGUUACGUCCAUCCAGGACAUGCACCGCUAUUGCCACAAGCUGAAACAGGGGAAAAGCGUUCCCCAAAGCAACAGCAAAGAAGAAGUCCAGAGGCAGUCCCAGGAGAGGUUCUACACCAUGGCCUCUCAGAUCAAGCUGCUGCUGGAGAUCCCAGAGAGGAUCUGGAGUUCCAUGGAGGCCUCUCAGUACCUGCAGGCCACACAGCUCUACCUGCUCUGCUGCCACCUGCACAGACAGCUCCACCUGGAGGCUGGAGGACCACAGUACAGCCCCGUCCUCGCCCGCUUCCCCAUCCUGGUCAGGCAGGUGGCUGCUGCUGGACACUUCAGAUCCACCAUUUUGCUGGACAGUAAGUCAGUCCUGCGUGGUCGGGCGGUGUCUGACCAAGCCAUCGCUGAGGCCCUAGUGUCCACCAUGCUCCUCGAGGACAGCUCUCCACGUCAGGCCCUGGCUGACUUCCUCUUGGCUAGGAAGGCCUCUAUCCAACAGCUACUCAACCAGCCACAGCAUGGUACUA